AUGUGGAUUAAUUACAAAUUAAAGAAGGUUCUCUAAGUUAACAAAGGAAUUUAGUUAUUUAUUGGCUUAGGAUUGCACUUAAUUAGAUAUGAAGGUUAAUUUACAUUUAUAUUGUAUCACCUUACAUUAGAUAUUACCUGAUACUUAUUGCUUCUAGAUUUACCCAUUGGAAUGGCUCUGAGUUUGAAUGGAAGGAAAAUUUUAUAAAAAUAAUUUACAAAUUGGCGAAUGUAGCUAGAGUCAUAGCGGGUAGAGAAUAACUGAUUUAUGUUGAUGAUUAUAAUUUAUGUUAUUUUAGAAUUUCGAAAUAAAAAUUUAAAUUAAUGAAAAUAGACAUAACAAUUCUUCUGAUUCUAAUUUCUAUAACUGUAAAUAAUGAAUGUAAAAAGAUAGAAUGAGCAACCGUAAGAGUACCCCACAGGUUGUUAGGAGAAGGAAUGUAAAAAUUUAUGUGAAGAGGGUUACUAAUUAUGUGCUGACAAGAACAAUAUACAAUGUGAAUAUGGCUAUUUUAAAUUAAAUAUUAAGAACGAGAAUUAUUGUGUCAAAUGGUAUUGUAUUUGAUUUUUAAUGAAUUAGUCCACUAUCAUUUAAGGACUAAAUGAUGUACCUUUGCAUGGAUUGCAGGGAAAAUGCAGAGACUUGGUAAUCUUCUAGAUUAUGCACUUACAAUUAUGCCAUCACAGAUGGAGAUCAAUAUGGAGCAUUUAGAAAGCUGUAAAUAAAUGAUAUACAAAUAUAUAAUAUAUUUGAAGUGGCUUCCUUAACUGAAGGAGGAAAGAGAAGUUUUGAAACAGAAUUAUGUGUGGGAUGCUUUGGAUUUUGCGAUGAAGGCGAUGAAGGAGAUGAAGGAGAUGAGUGUAACAUCCUCUCAAAUCAAAAUGAUGCCACUCAUGUUGGAGUAGUAUGUGGAGAUGGUUAUUACUUUGACAAUGAUCUAUGUACGUAAUGUCCUUUUGAUAAAUGCAAGUCUUGUGAUAGCUGGAGUUGUUACGAAUGUUUCGAUGGCUAUGCACUCGAUUUCAGUUCCUAAUGUAUUCCCUGUUUUUCAGGAUGUGCUAAGUGCGAAUAUUAUUAUGAUAUUAUAUGCUUGGAGUGUGUUUAAGAUAAAGACAAUUAUUUGGUGUUGAUGAAUGAUGGACUGACAUGUGCUUAUUGUGAUUAUGCUUGUUAAAGGUGUUAAGUCGAGUAUGUGGAUGGGGUAGAGUAACAGAGAUGUACUCAAUGUUAGCCUGGCUAUAUUGUAUAUAAUGAAGGGCCAUGGUGUGAAUAUCUAGAGAAAAGUGAUUGUGAAAUAGGAUACUACGAAUAUUCACUAGAAGGAGUGAUAAAAUAUACAUACUCUUUAGGCUUUGAUAUGGGGGUGGAUUAUUCAUCAGAAUAAAAAUGUUAUAAAUGCAAAUCAGGGAAUGAACUGGAUACUGGAUCUUGUAAUACUUAUACUGAAACUGAUAAUUGUAUUUCCUAUGAUAAAGAUAAAGAUUUAUGUUUAGAAUGCAAAAAUAGCUAUCUGCUUAAAUAUGACACUCCUACUAAAAAUUCUUGUGUUGCAGCUUAAGAUUGCAGUAAGAAGAUUAAAUAUUGUUUAAAAUGCAUUUCAUAUCCUGUGGAAUAGUUUUAAUGUGUGAAAUGUCAAAAAGGAUAUUAUCCUGAUAUUUUCUCUAAUCUAUGUUUGCAAUGUCAAUCUAGAUGUGAUGAAUGUUGGCAAUAUACUAAUAGCUAUAAUAUUACAGCCUAUCUCCAAUUGUAAUUGGCUGCCAGGGACUAUGUGCAAUAUCAAAAGGAUAUAGAAACGAUCAAAAAGGAGAAAUUAAAUGAUCCUCUCUGUUCAACUUGCCAAGAGGGAUUCAAUCUAUACAAUAAUUAAUGCAAAGGUUGUACAGAUAGCUGUGUCCCUGGUGAUUUUUCAGUGAAGGACUCUGAAUGUUUGUAUUUAGAUGAUACUGCCUAUUGUGCAAAGUGUCCUAUUCCUAAGUAAUAAUAAUCACUGUCUGCUGACAAUAGUGAAUGCAACGAGUGUCCCAAUAAUUGUAUUGCUUGCAGAGAAAGAACUUAGAAUGAAAUAAAUUAGGUUAAUCCCUUUUUUAACCCAGAUUUUGAUUAAUUAAACAAAUACAGUAACUUUUGUUACAAGGCUGCGGAUCCUAAGCCAAAUCAAAAGAUUUACAUAGACUCUUUUUUGGGAGUUCCUAUUACUUGCAAAUCAGAUGCAAGUUCAAAAAAAGGAUGUGAAAAGAAACUAGAUACUGAUGUGUUUAUAAAUUGUGGAGAGACUGCAGGGCCUAAUGAAAUCAAGUUGAAAGAUGUAUACAAAAAACAGAAAACCAAAAUCGUUACAUUAUUCCUUCAGGGAAUAGAAAAUGCAUAAAAAUAUAACGAAUACAAUUUGUUAACUGUCACAGAAAUAAAUAUCAAUAUUUACUUCAGACCUGACAAUAAUGGAAUUUGUAUCUUUGAUAAACCGUUAUAAAUUAAAUCAGGAUUCUAAAGAAAUGUCUUUACUUUGUAAAAACUAUCUAUUGUCAUUCACGGUGAAGACGUAAUCUUUAAGCAAACAGGAAGAAUGAUACUAUAGGAUUAUUCUUCAGUGGUGAUUCAAGAUGUCCACUUCAAAGAAAAAUCAUCCGGUGAAUUUGGUUUAGAAAUACUGGGUUAAGAGACUAUGCUCACUAUGACCAACUGUAAAAUAGUUAAAGAAAAUGUAGCCAGUGCAUUCAAUAUAGUAUUACAAAAUACUAUUUACCUCAAAUUACAGUAAGUUGAAUUUGAAAAACUCAAAAACGAAAACUUCCUAAAUCAAACUUCAACUAAGACACUUACAGAUCAAGGUUAUUAUAUAUUUGAUGAUGUUCAUGUAAAAAAUAGUGAAAUAAAUGAUGUUCUCAUUACUGUUAAUUAAAUAGGAAUAAAUAAUGUCUUGUAAGUGAAUUCCUUAAAGUUCACAAAUGUUAACAUUACUAAUACAGCUGUCUUUUCAGAUUUGCAAACAACUUCAAGUUACAGUGUUAUAGUAGAUGAUCUUAAAUUGAUUAAAUGCACAGUUACAAACGGAAGCAUCUUUAAUUUUGGCACAGUCAAAUCUUUCCAAGCUUCAAAUUUAGAGAGUGUUUUGACUUUAUUCUAACUAGGAUCUAAUUUCGUAGUGAGUACUGCUUUCACAAUAGAAAAGAUGUUUUGUUAUCGGUCUUUGUUUGCUAAUAAUUCUGAACUCAUAUUGUCUAAUAAUCAAAUUUAUCUCGCAGAUUAGAAACCUAGUAUUUUAUUAUUUACAUUCAAAACAAUUACAUUCAGAAACAACAUUUGUUAAAAUAUUAAUUGCCUGAUGAUCAUGUCCACUCCACUUAAUAGUUUUGGAAUUAAUACGAACAUUUAAAUUGAAAAUUUGAUCGUAGAGAAUUUGUAAAUCCAAACCUUAAGUUAGAUGGAUAUUGAUUCUGUUUCAUCAGCCUUGGUCUCCUUACAAAACGUUGGGAAUGUCACUAUGAAUGAAAUAACACUCAAGAAUACUCAAGGAAUAUCGAGCUUUUUUAUUGGACAAUCAUAAUCCAUUCAAAUUACCAAUGCCUACUAUUUUCUGGAAAUGGAUAAUACUAUGAUUUAUGAGUAUGAUGAAUACAUAACUGAUGAUUUUGAAAUAGAUCCCAAUCUAAACAAUUAUAUAGCUGUCACAAAUCCAUUCAAUAACCUAUUACCUAAUUCUCUUGAUUGUGCAGCCAGGAAACAAACCGCAUAUUAAUUUAACUCUUACAUGAUUUAUAUUGAAGGAUUCCAAGGAUCCAUCUUAAUGCAAAACAUUGAAGUUUUUAACACUCUAUUCAUAGAUAGAUCUGCUAUUGUGAUUAAAUCUUACCAAAACUUAUAAUUUAUGUAGACUGAAACAAUUCUGCUCUAGAACAUGUUUUUCGAUAAUAAUAGACUUGCUUCAACACUAAAUGGAAAGGAGAUGAGUUUAAUAACAAUCGAUUCCCAACAAAAUUAAAACAUCACCAUAGUCAAUGCCUAAUAUAAUCAGAAUCAUUUGCAUCAAAUAACUGAUUCCCAGACCAGUCAAACUCCAGCCCUGCUAUUAAUUAUCUCUCCGAAUUCUUUACUUAAUCUAGUUAACUCUUAUUUCAAUUACAAUCGAAUCUCAAAGUCGACAAAUGGCUUGAUGUGGUUAAAGGUAGAUUCCUUCAUUCUAAGCAAUUGUCAAUUCUAAAAAACCAAUAUUCUAGAUCUUCAAUGGCUAGAAUACCUGGAAGAAUAGCAAUUAACAACAAGUGAUCCAGAUACAACAGCCUCAAAUCUAAGUAAUAUACUGUUUAUUAUUUUUAGAACAAUUCUUCAAGAUCCUUUCAAAGGGAUCGAACUUCUAUUUAAUUGGUAAAUUCAUAUACAUAGACAGUUUGUCAAUUAAAGAGUCCUUUGGAUUGUCUGCUGCUGGAAUUUUCCUUGAACUAUUAGAUGGUAUUGUCACUAUAAAACAAUCAUAAUUUUUGAAUGUCCAAAGUAGUUUACAGUUAGUGGAUAAUACGGAAGGAGGGUGUGUGACAAUAAACUCAGAUAGUUCUCAGAUGCAAUUGGAAUUGUAUUCAGUAACUAUGUCAAAUUGCACUGCCAGAGUCAGAGGAGGAUGCAUCCAUUUAUACCCAACGAAAUUCAAAUAGAGCAUUCUAUUUCAGGACUCACAAUUCUACUUCUGUUAAUCGUUGGGCUACUCCUUUUUAAGUAAUCCAUUCUUAGAAUCAACUGAUGAGCCCCUUAUUGAGUUUUAGAACAUUGUUGUGGGGGAUAACAACUACAACAAUUUUAUCCAAAAUGUACCAGAUAUCUCCUUACUAGAUUAAUUGCAAUUAACUGAAAAUUCUGGAAUCUAUUAUUAACAUACAGGAAAAUUGAUAAUUCGAAACUCUAUCUUUACUAAUUUUCAAUAUGUAAGUGUCAUUAAAGCAGUGGCCAUGACUGAUAUAUUCAUAUCUCAAAGUAAGUUUGCCUAAAAUACGCUUUUCUUAAUGCCCCUCUUAGAUCUAUCAAUGACGCCUACCGCUACUAAUCAAAUUCAAAUUGUAUCAUCUCAAUUUGUAGACAAUGAAUCCACUGAUAUCAAAUCAAUAGUAAAUAAAUGUGACGGAUUCAUCAAAAAAGGGUUAAGUUAGUCAUUACCUCAAUAGACUUGUGACUAAAUUAUGUACUUAAUAGACUUCCAGAAUUACUUAAACUCAGACUAAGCUCUUUGGAAUAGUGAUAUUUAUCUGGAAAGUUAUAAUUAUUUCAAUGAGUACGAUAAGUAUGGUUCUGUCUAUUCGACUAAUUUUUAUUUUGAUGAUGCUAUUCAAAUUGUGCAAAGAUUCAAUUAAACAGUGAACAAUUCUUUGAUAAAUUGUGUCCUUUAGAAUAUGUUAAAGUAUUAAAUUAUAAUAUCUAUUUAGUUUGACUCUGUAAGUUGGACAAGCCUUAACAACCUCUAUUAUUAACAUCAAAAGCUUAUACAGCAAUUCCUACUUGACUUUUGAAAAACUGACUAUUGCAUCCAACAAGUGUUAGAGAUGCUAUGGAGGUCUAGUGCAAAUAUUGGGAGUAAACGUCGACAAUUAAAAGAACACUCAUCUAACCCUAACUAAUGUCAAUUGCAAAGACAAUACAAUUGGCUAUUAUGGAUGCCUAUUAAUUUAGCAAUCAUAAGAUAUAAGUGACUUUGUCCCAAAUUAAAAUUUGGCGGAUUUGAAAGACUCUUAAUUUUCCAACAGAUUAUUGCAAUUACGUGAACACAAUACAGUGUCUAUUUAAAAUUCAAUGUUUUUAUCAAACAAAGCUAGCGUUGGAGCUAGUGUUAGUAUAUUAGGUUUGAAUGCGUUAGUAAAAGAUAGUGUUUUUUCUGAUAAUUUCGCAAGUCUGGCUGGAGCAGGUGUUUACUAUAAGAAUUUAGGCGGGGAUUAGGAUACUUCCUUGUAUGUCUACAAUCUAUCAUUCCAAAACAAUAAAGCUUAAGUUGGAGCUGCAUUUUACUUAAUCAAUAAGGAAUUAGCAGAUGUAGAUUCGCUAUUAAUAAAAUUUGAAUACAAUAAUGCUACCUUGCAAGCUAGUAAUAUCCAAGAGAAUUCAAGAAGAUAGACUAUUUCAAUGAAUGAUGGUUCCUAUUGUAAAGUUGAGACCUAUCAAAAUCUAAGUGGGGAUUAGAACUUUGAUGGCAACAUUGACAGUGUUAAUGAAAGAAUAAGAGAAAACAUAACUCUGGAUUACCAUACCAUUGGCAACUAUCCAGAAAAGACCAACUUGCUUAUUUUACCUUCAGGAUAAUCCAUUAAUACAUACGAAUACUUUUUGGAAGAAACCUAAGAAUACAUUCCAUUUGAGUGGAUAUUUAGAGUUAUUAAUUUGAAUAGAUUUAAUGAGCCCAUAGUAAAUGAUUAAGAUGGCGAUAAGUGCUACAUCUUUGGUAGGAUAUAAAAAUUCUAAAAUUAUUCUGAUAGCUUUUCCUUUACAAAUAAUUUCACAAUUCCUAAUGAGAUGUUAUUUAGCAAGAAUUUAAGAGGUUAUGUUUUGGAUGAUAUGCAAUUAACAUUCGAUCCUUAUUUUGAUAAGAACUAUUAUCUGGAAUUGAAAAGUAAUAUUAUUUAAUAACUUAGUUAAAUGUGAUAAAAUGGCAAUUCCUGUAUAUGCUAGUCCUCCAGAUUCUAGUCUUGUGGGGUACAAUAUGGGUUACGAAUUGAUGUUGAAUGUUAGAACAUUCCCUUGUUAAAAGGGAGAAGUCUAUUAACUUGGUCGUUGUAUACCAUGCAGUCCAAAAUUAAAUCAAUAUUCUGUUAUUAUUGGAGCUGUUUUAUGCGCCUAAUUCAAUUCUGAUUAUAUGGUAGCUAUUAAAAAGUCAUCAAUACGGUUGAAACCUGGCUAUUGGAGACCUGAUUACAAUAAUGAUGAAACUUAGUUUUGUGAAAAUUUAGAUGCUAAUUGCAAUGGUGGUUGGGUUCCUGGCAAUCCUUCUUGUUAUACUGGACAUAUAGGAGCAUUGUGUGAAUCAUGUGAUCUCUAUCAGAUAUUUAAUGAUGAAAGAUACACUUAGACUCAAGCAUAUAAAUGUGCCAGAUGUGCACCAACUAUGUAACUAAACUAUAUAGUUUUGGUGGCUACAUCCAUCACAUCCUUUAUUUCAAUGGUCUUAGCAGUAAAAGGUAGUUACUUUUCAUCAAUGUAAUUUAUCAUCGAAGACACUCUCGAUAAGUGGGGAGUAUUGUUAAAGAGUUCGGAGAGUGAUUUGGCAGUUUUGAUGAAAGUCCUUACAAAUUACUUUUAGAUUAUUUAGUUCAUUGCUUCAUUUCAGAUAUCCAUCCCUAGUUCUGUCAAACAGACAGCCAAAACAGGAGGUAAUCCUACUGAAAGUACUACCACAGCUAUGGAUUGUCUUUAUGUAAUAAUGUCAGAUUUAGAUGUAUUAUACUUUAGAAUGGUCUGGGCAUUCAUCUAACCAGCAAUAUAUUUAGUUGGUUUCUAUAUUGUCUAUUUUGCUGGAAUUGCAAUCAAAAUGGUCCCAUACAAAAUAAAUAUUAUAACAACAGCCCUAAUUUAUUAGUUCCUCUAUUUGUAGCCAUCUUACGUUGAAGGUUUUAUUGUUCUGGCCUCGUCUAGAACUGUAAGUGGCUAUCCAUAUGUACAGAGAGAUGUUGCUUAUAGAUAUGAUAGCGAUAUGCAUUAAUAUUAUCUCCUAAGGUUUAUCAUGCCUAUGCUCAUCGUCUGGGUCCUAAUUCUACCUUUGCUAUUUAUGUUUUUAGUGUACAAGAACAGAGCCACGAUCAAUACCAAGUAAACUAAAUUGAUUUAUGGGUUCUUCUAUUUGGAAUACUAAUUGAAUAGUUACCUAUGGGAAUUUGUUAAACUAUUCUAAAAAGAAUUCAUGGUCAUUAUUUUAGCUUAUUUUGAAGAUUAAGUUACAGUUAAAGGUCUGUUACUUGUGGUAGUAAUGUUUCUCUAUGGAUUCUAUUAAAUUCAAGUGUCUCCUUACAGUAAUAGGAGACUCAAUAUGUUGGAUAGAUAUUCAACUGUUAUUUUAUCAAUUUCAUUAGCCAUGGGAGUUUUAUUGAAAUCAUGCUAAGAUCAAGAAUUUGGGUAUUUAUUUAUUAUUGUGGCUGUAAUCUUAAUCUUAAUUAAUGUUCCCUUCCUUUUGUCCAUAAUAUUUUGUAUUUUUGAAGGGUACAUAAUUAAAUUGUCCCCCGUUCUUGAUAAAAUAAGGGAUGUCCUUAAUGAAAAAUACCCAGAUUUAGGUCAGCAGCAUCCAUGGCUAAGACCUUAUUUGUACAAUAAAGCCAAGAUGGCAAUCAAAGUCAAGGUUUAUUGGGCGAUCUUAAGAGAUGCUGUCAAAGAUACCAAUUAAAUUUGCAAAUAGCAUGAUGUUCAAUUUAAAAAGAUUUUCCCUCCUUAUGCAAAAUCUAAUGAAGAUGGCAUUGAUAACAUUGAUUAUGUCUCAUUUAGAGGAAAAGAAAAAUUGAAUGAAGACAAAUUACCGUUAAUUUAAGAUUCAUUUAGCCCUAUCAAUAACGAAAAUCAGCAAAUAUAACAACCAAGUACUAUAAGAGUUGAAAGUAUGCAUACCAAUGGUGUAGUGCAAAUAGGUUAAUUUUUCACCUCAUCAUUCAUCUCAAACUAAGCUCAAGAACCUGUAGCCAUUACUGGUUAAGGAAUUGAAUAAUGGCCCGAUUAAACCUAAUAUUAAGGAUUAAUUGUUAAUGGUAAAAAAUAAGGGUAAGGAUUGUUGACUUGGCCAUAAAAAGAAAAUUAAAAGCAACAAGAAUUUUACAAAGGUGAAUUCGAUAAUAAUCUUUUUGAUGGCUAUGGAAUUUAUCAAUGGAGUGAUGGAAAAAUUUAUGAAGGAAGAUGGAAACAAGGUAAGAGACAUGGAUAUGGAAAAUAUUAAGGAAUUAAUCAAUAGUACGAAGGAAAUUUUGAAAAUGAUUUGUAUUAAGGAUAGGGAACAUUAACCAUUGGGGAUAAGAUAAUCUCAGGAACAUUUGCUAAUGGUAAAAUGAAUGGAGAAAUGGAAGUCUUGAUUGGCAAAAAGAAAAGAAAAGGAAUUUGGAAGGAUGGAACAUUUUAAAAAUGGAUUAAUUGA